AUGAGUAACUACAUCAAACAAGAACCCUCUGAAUCAUCAUCAGACAUGUUUAUGAAAAAGAAUCGCAGCCGUCAAACAAUUUCGUUAAUCAGUAGCAGUAGCAGCGAUUCCGAUGAAGAUGAGUUUGGUACCCAACUUAACCCGAACAAGAAGCAGAGAGUCGAAGCGGUUCUGCCGGCUGGAUUCCUCGAUCCUAUCCGGCCAGAAAAACCAACCGCCGCCGCGCCGCCUAUUACCGCGGGUAAUGCUAUGGUUCCGGUGAGGGAAGAGAUUAAUAAUGUUUCGGCGGCGGUGGAAAAAGGGAAGCGGGCGGCGGCGGUUACCACUAAUACUGCGGCUGUGGUGCGUAACUGUAAGCAGUUCUGGAGAGCCGGAGAUUACGAGGGAAUCUCUAACGGCGGCGACGUUUCACUUGCUGACAUGGAUCACGUUAGGGUUCAUCCUAGAUUCUUACAUUCAAAUGCUACCAGUCACAAAUGGGCUUUGGGAGCUUUUGCUGAGCUUCUAGACAAUGCCUUGGACGAGGUGUGUAAUGGAGCUACCUAUGUCAAUGUUGAUAUGGUUAUGAAAGCCAAUACUAAGAUGUUGGUUGUUCAAGAUAACGGUGGCGGCAUGACUCCGGAUAAGAUGCGGCAGUGCAUGUCGCUCGGGUAUUCUGCAAAAAGCAAGAUGGCAAAUACUAUUGGUCAAUAUGGAAAUGGUUUCAAGACUAGUAGCAUGAGGCUCGGAGCAGACGUGAUUGUUUUCUCGCGCUGUCGGGGAAAGUACGGGCUAAGCACAACACAAAGCAUCGGAUUGCUGUCGUUUACGUUCUUGCAGAAUACCGGGAAGGAAGAUAUAAUAGUUCCGAUUGUCGAUUAUGAGAAAACGGGAGAAACAUGGAACAAGCGUUUGAAAUCAUCCGACGAAUGCUGGCAAAGAAAUCUUGAAACCGUCGUGCAAUGGUCUCCGUAUGAUAGCGAAGAAGAACUCGUAGGACAGUUUAAUUUCUUGGAAGAUCAAGGAACACGUAUCGUAAUCUAUAAUCUCUGGGAGGACGACGAAGGAUUACUAGAACUCGAUUUCGAGGCCGAUCAAAAUGACAUUCAAACUAGAGCUGGCAACAGAGAUGACAAGAAGUUAAUGACAAUAGCAAAUGACCACCCAAGCUCUAGGCGGUUUCUUACUUAUCGACACUCGUUGCGGAGCUACGCGUCGAUUUUGUACCGUAGGAUUCCACCUGGUUUCUCGAUCAUCUUACGAGGAAAGGAAGUCGAAUAUCACGACAUAGUUGAUGAUUUGAUUCACCCUCAAAAGCAUGUUUACAAGCCGGUAGCUUGUGCAUCAUCCAAAGAUCCCAAUAUGUCUGCAGCUGUAACACUUGGAUUUAUUAAAGAUGCAGGACAUCAUAUUGAUGUUCAAGGGUUCAAUGUAUAUCAUAAGAACAGACUUAUUAGGCCGUUUUGGAGGCUGUGGAACGCCUCGGGAAGUGACGGUCGAGGAGUCGUAGGUGUUUUGGAAGCGAAUUUUGUCGAGCCGGCACACGAUAAACAGGGAUUUGAGCGCACAACUGCGCUUUCUAGACUCGAGGCUAGACUGAUACAUUUGCAGAAGACUUAUUGGUCUACAAAUUGCCACCUGAUUGGUUACGCUCAAAGGCGUCACUCAAAGAAGCCCGUUUCCCCCGAGAAAGAAGAAGCAUCACCGCCUAAUGCUGACGAUAAGUCGAACUCCACACAUAAUACAACGUUGGCCCCGAAAUCGAACGGCAAAAAGGGCCAAAAAUCAUCGCCUGUUGUUAGAGAGAGAAAUCGGUUUGAGGCACAGCCAGCUGUAAAUCAUAACACCUCGUCUUCUUCUUCUCCAUUACGAGUGGCGCCUGAAUCAAUGUUUCCACCACAAGAUGCUCAACCUUCGAACAUGCUUGUCAAGAUAGAAGAUGUCAACAAAGCUGGACCUACACCGCCGUUUUCUUCACUUACUGAAAUGGUUCUUAAGUUGAUGGACGAGAAUCGAAACUUGAGAAAUAGUUUGACGAAUGCAUUGCAUGAUUUGCAAAAUGAAGAGGACAAGAACAUGGCGCUGAAAAACCAGCUUCAAGAUGCAACGGAUAUUAUGCAACAAAUGGAUCAAGAACAAGAAAAGUUUGUGACUUCUUUUGAAGAAGAAAGAAAUCGACGAGAACAAGCGCAACAACAUAUGCAAAGAAGAUUAAAGGAGGCUACUGAAACUAUUGAAGGAUUACUGAGAAAAGUAAAGAUGUUGGAGGCCCAAGGCCGGUUUUGACGACAAGCUCCACAUGCGAUUACUAACGACC